AUUUCAAGAUGGAGUCCAAAUUUGAAGUUGACGAUCUUGUGUGGGCCAAGAUGAAGGGAUUUCCGGCAUGGCCUGGAAAGAUUAUUGAGCCAAAAAAUGAAGUCAAACGCCCCUCUAACAAGAAACCACACCAUUUUGUUUUCUUCUUUGGUUCAGAGAACUAUGCCUGGAUUCCUGAGGACAAUGUGUACCUUUACUCUGAUCACAGAAAUAAAUUCAAGCUGAAUAAUCGCAUUCCAAAGGGAUUCAAGGAGGCUGUGGAGGCCAUAGAGGAUGCUUUGAAGGCUCAGCCAACUACAAAAACAAUGAUUGCUGUAGAGCUUCCUUCAAUUGAUGAAGAAUUGGCACAGAUCUUCCCCCACAAAUCUCCCUCCCCCCAGAAAGACUACACCCGAGAACCCCUCACUGGCAAAAAGAUAAAGUCCCCCACAACAAACAAAAUCUUCAAAAGCAAACAAAGAAAAGCAGAUCGAAUGUCCCUCGAUUCUACUGUAAAACCGUUGAUGAAACCCAAAGACACUAUAUCCAGAAAGAGUACAGGUUCCCUCACACCAAAAAGAUUCCCCGUCAAACGUCCAGCAGGAGUUGGAGGAGAGCCGAGAUUUAAGAAACAGAAAAUGGUUUCUAAAGUGCAUGGGUCUCCCAGUAAAUCUUUGUCUACAGCCGACUCAACAAAAAUCAAACCAAAGACUAAAGCAGAAUUAUCAGCAUCUGCCUCGCGCAUAUCGGAGGAGAACAUGAUGUCCCCAGAGAAGGACUCUCCAGUGAGGAGUUCUCAUUCCUCUCCCGAUAUGUCUGGUAAUCCAAUGUCGUCAGCAGGGACUCAGAUCGAGGAGACACUGCUAAAAUCACGAGCUGCAGCUAAAACAGUCAUCCCUACACCGUCGAGGAUAGGCUUCCUUGGACUAGGAAUUAUGGGACAAGGCAUGGUGAUGAAUCUUCUGAGGUCGGGUCACGAGGUCACGGUGUGGAACAGGACAGCUCUCAAGUGCCGAGAAUUUGUAAAAGCUGGUGCAUUAAAGGGAAACAACCCCGCAGAAGUUAUACAAAGCUGUGAUAUCACAUUCUCCUGUGUGGCAGACUCCACAGCUGUAAAAGAUCUUGUCUUUGGAAACUCAGGAGUUCUGCAGGGCAUUACCAAGGGAAAAUGUUUUGUGGAGAUGUCCACAAUAGACGAAGAGACAAUGCAGGAUGUUGGAGAGGCAAUUAUGGCUCGAGGCGGCGUUUUCCUAGAGUCCCCUGUCGUCGGCAGCCGAGUCCCUGCCCUAGAGGGUCAACUCAUCAUCUUAGCAGCUGGGGAACGCAAAUUAUACGAUGAUUGUUUCUCAUGUUUUGAAGCAAUCGGAAAGAAGGCUUUAUAUUUGGGUGCGGAUGUUGGCCAGGCCACGAGGAUGAAGCUCAUCAUUAACAUGGUAAUGGGGUCAGUGGUGGCGGGUCUGUCAGAAGGCAUGGCGAUGGCGGAGAAGGUCGGCCUGGACCAGGAGGAUGUGGCCGAAGUCUUCUCUAUAGGUGCUCUUUCCUGUCCCACUAUCAUACACAAAAGUCAGGCAAUACUUAACCAGAAGUAUGACCCCCACUUCCCUCUUGUACACCAACAAAAGGACCUUCGUCUGUCCCUGUUGCUUGGUGACAAAGUAGAACAGCCUCUGUAUGUGGCCGCAGCAGCAAAUGAGUUGUACAAGAAAGCGAGACGACUGGGAUAUGGUGACAGCGACAUUGCUGCCGUGUAUCGGGCGGCGAGUGCAUGAGAUGGGACAUUAAUGCAAUCAUAAAAUCUAACCACAAAUCCACAGCUCGGUUGGCAGGAAAUACAAGUUUGACGCGACCAUUUCAGAUUUGACCUCCGAUGUAAUUGUGGGUUGAAAUUUUGUGUCGGCUUGUAAGGACAUUGAGACAAAUGAACAAAUGAGACCCCGAUAUUGGACCAGUCAUGAAUGAGAUGUGAUCAAAAUGUCUGAACAGAUUUUUGGGAUGUGAAACACUUCCAUGUUGUUAAUGCUACUGCAGUGUAUUAGCUCACCUUUCCGUGUGAGUUUAUGGGGCAUGGCGUCUGUUGUUCAUCUGGUAGGUUUUUAUUCAAAAGCUUACCUUUUCAGAACUGCUGAACUGAUUUCGUCAUUUUGUCAAAAUUUGACAUGGAGCAUCCCUAUUUCAAGGGACCUCAACUUUGUAUAAGGGCUUUGGGGGAGCGGUUCAGUGCCCAGUAUCGCCUGUAUAUUUUCAAAGUGUUGGCACACAAUUGUUACGUUUUGAUCAUUCAGUUUUUAAAUAAAACAACACAAUGGUGAUUUGAUGAAAAGGUCUUAAAUCAUGAUAGUUGGACUGGUACUAAACACAACACAGCCUCCAAUAGGCACUAUGAAGUAUAUAUACUUGUUCAGUCAAUGUUAAACGUCUUAUACCCAUUUGAUGUUUAAUCCAAAUACUAAAUUAUUAUUAAAUUAAUCUUGUAAAACAUUUUGAUAAUGAACAGAAUUAUGACAAAAGAAAUUAUGUCUGAUUUUGUAAUUUUGAAGAUUCAGUUGGGUCAUGUUUUUUUUUUUAUAUUUUGAGUAUCCAGGCUGCCCUCUGAUACAUUGGUAGCUAUAUAUCAAAUUUAUGUUUUGGUGCAGCAUUAGUGAUCCUGUUAAAAUAUAAAUACUGUUUGGGACAUUUCAUUGUCGGAUGAUUUUAGUAGAAUUACCAUUUUUAAGGCCAAGUUUUACAUCGUUUUGUGUACAUCUUUUUUUAUAGAACGAACCAUCUUUUUUGUACAAUCAAAUUACACUUUUAUGGUUUGUAUGGUUUUUACAAAAAGUCACUCAGUUUAAUUUUCCAUUUUGUAUACAACAUGUCGUAUUGCUGGUUAUUUGUGAUGUUGAGUGAAAUAGUUUCUUAACAUUUCUGUACUAGCAUGAAAUGACUAGCAAUGCCCCAGAAGGUAUAUUUUGUGGUUUUAAUUUGAAACAUUACGAUGUAUUAGACAGUAUUGAGACUGAAGAAAGAGAUGAAAGCAUUCUUCCUGAUGAAGACUUUUAUUUUGUAUUGACAGAGAUUAAUGUUGGUGCUGAAUUAGUUGUGUAAAGUGUCAUUUUAAUGCUCUGCUGAUAUUCAGUAAGACCUUUGUAAAUUAUUGAGUUGCCUCCUCUUUUACCGCUCUAUAUACAGAUGAUGGGAAACAAAGCUAACUGACAUCUCGGCUGGAAGAUUCUCGAUUUACUGUUCAUUACAUUUAUAAGAUCUGAACCUCAUAGAUUUGAUAACGAAGGUGGCAUUGACAUGUUCCAGUAGGAGAUGUGUGACAUGUAAACAAAACGUCCCAUUAUAAACGUGGAACAUGAAUGUAACGAAUACGAUGGUUUGAGAGAGGAAUAAUAGUUCUGUAUCUGUGUGUGAAAGGAUGUGUGUGGUCAUUUAUAACCUGUACAUAAAACCACGACCUAAUUACAGUAUUUAUCCGGCAAUAAGCCCAUGCUUGGUAAUAAGCCCACUCAUGUAUAUUAAUAGUUCAUUAAAAAUGUUAAAAUAUUAUUUUCCUCUAAUGAGUCCACCCCUUAAUUUGGUUAAAGUUUAAUUGGGUGCCCCCUUGGCUUAUUUCAGGAUAAAUAUGGUAGAUGAUGAUCAUGUUUAUAUAUCAAACUCUUUACUGGCUUGUACAACCACAGACCGGCCUUGUUAUGUACAAAAAAAAACAAAAAAAAAAACCCUCCACUUACAAAGAAUCUGAACAUGAAACUGAUGACUUAUAGAAAUGAUGCCUGCAAAAAGCCCCCUCCCAAAAAUUACCCAUUUUCGUCAAAAGGGGAAAGCGCAAACUCAAGGAUGAGUACGGUACUGAAGUCUUUCAUUGUUCUAGUUCAGCUUUACUUAAAUGAAACUGUUGUAUCAUACUGUAACAUAUAAUAAGAAAACCAUGAUGGUACGGGGGAGUAAUCUUACCUAACAAGGCUUGAACUCUGACCCUGGACAAGUCUGUAAACAGUAAUCAUGUGUAGAUAUAUCAUUUACUUAUGUUCUCUAAUCUUCUAUACAUUUUACGUUCUUAAACAAUUCACAUCAAGUAUUCAUUUUUUGUGUCGACAAUUUUUAAAUGUUUUGUUUUGGAUGAUUAAUUGGUUGAAUCAUUGUUUUUAAACUUCAUCCAGACAAUGGUAGUCUUGUGUAGAAUUCAUUAUGUUUAAUGUAUUGAUUAGUCAUGUAGUCGUAUUUUUUCUUGUCUUGUAAAAGUGAUUUUUGGAAGAUAAACAAGGACAAUAAAAACAAAUACAAUCUAUUUUAUUUUCA